AUGUCAAGCUCAAUCGCAUUAUCAUUCAAGAACCAAACCGUCGUCGUUACUGGUGGUAACAAAGGAUUAGGAAAUGCUAUCGCAAAGGAUAUCGCUAAGGCUGGUGGUAACGUAGUAAUCCUCGCACGUUCUGAAGCCUCAGCUGAAGCAUCUGCACUUGAGAAAGAAUUUGGUGUCAAGGCCAAGUCAUACAGAUGUGAUGUCGGUGACGAAAAGAGAGUCGAUACCGUCUUCAGCGAAAUCAUCAAGGACUUCGGUGAGAUUAGAGGUGUUGUAGCCAACGCUGGUGUAUCCGUACCAAAGCCAGCAUUCGAACAAGAUGCCUCAUCAUUCGAUUACAUCAUGAAGACAAACGUCCUUGGUUCAUUUAACAUCGCCAAGGUCGCCGCUAAGAAGUGGGUAGAAACUGGCUACAAGAAUGGAUCAAUUGUUGUCAUUUCCUCAAUGUCCUCACAAAUUUACAACGUUCAAGGUCCAGGUGAACCACUUAGACAAGUAUUCUACAACGCAUCAAAGGCAGCUGUCAGCUCAGUCGCCAAGGGUCUUGCUGCAGAAUGGAUCGAACAUGGUAUCAGAGUAAACAUUGUUUCACCAGGUUUCAUCCGCACGGCGCAAACCCAAGGUAUGGAUCCAAAGAUCCUUGAAGCACAAGCCCAACUCGUACCAAUGAAGCGCUUCUCUGAUGCUCCUGAGCAGAGCAAGCCUGUACUCUUCUUGCUCUCCGAUUUGGCAAGCUACAUGACUGGAUCUGAGGUCUUCGUCGAAAGAAAGGUAUAUGAUAUGCGUAGAACGCAAACAUUGAAAGAUCACUACGACUAUUACGAUAAGUGGCUUGGGCGGAUGGUACGUGUCGAUUACAUUUCAGACACUAUGACGGACACAACACUUUUAGCGUUAUUUCGCCCAGCAGGUCCUAUCGCACACAUACACAUCGAGAAAGUGUAUGAUAAGUGGGACGUAUUUCAUUAUGCCGUUAUCGUAUUUCAUAGCAAACUUCACGCUAGACUAUCAACUGUAUUGUCGGGAAUGUUCUUAGCCGGUUCUUACAUUUACGUUGCUUUGGUCAGCAGCUGUUGCGAGAUCGUGCCAUAUUCUCCACGUACACUCGGUGAUAUCUUACUUGAGCACAAAGAGAGGCAUUUGUUGAGAAAUUCGCUCUCUUGUGUUAGCAUAUUCGACAAACAAACUGUACCGACAAUGGUCUCCAAAAUGGAGAUUUUGACGAUGCCGCAUCCAUCCUUCUGCGUAGCGGAUACCAUAGAAUCAGGUGCGAAGCUCGAGGAUGCCGAUGAACGUCGUUAUCUCGCUUCUCUAGAGGAUGACCGCGUCGAGCGUGGAAACAUGUACGAAGAUUGGAAGGAACUUAAUAGUCGAAUACAUAAGACACAUAGUUCACAUAAAAUACAGAUACAGCCUUUAGGUAGCUCCCAGCGGGAUAAUUUGCCUAGCAGAAAUCAACAAAAACAUUCAGAAAGUCGGAAAAACAACUGCGUUGUACUGUCAUGA